AUGGCCACGGGUGAGCUGACCGAGCUGGAGACGGCCAUCGAGAAGAUCGUCACCGUCUUCUUCACCUACGCGGGGAAGGAGGGCAAGAAGGGCACGCUGACGGCCGGCGAGUUCAAGGAGCUGGUCCAGCUCCAGCUGCCCAACCUGAUGAAGGACGUCCCCUCCCUGGAGGAGAAGAUGAGCGAACUGGAUGUGAACAGCGAUGAGGAGCUGAAAUUUGGCGAGUACUGGCGGCUGAUCGGGGAGCUGGCGAAGGCCAUGCGGAGGGAGAAAGCGGGGAAGAAGAAGUGA